UCUGGGGACAGGGACACAGCGACCGCAGCCAUGGGAUCGCAGCUGGAAGGGGCCAUGGAGACCCUGAUCAAUGUCUUCCACCACUACUCGGGCAAGGAGGGGGACAAGUACAAGCUGAGCAAGAAGGAGCUCAAGGAGCUGCUGCAGAGCGAGCUGGGAUGUUUCCUGGAGACCCAGAAGGACGCGGGGGCCGUGGAGAAGAUCAUGCAGGAUCUGGAUGAGAACGGCGACGGGGAGGUGGAUUUCCAGGAAUUCGUGGUCCUGGUGGCCGCCCUGACCGUGGCCUGCAACAAUUUCUUCUGGGAGAACGCCUGACCCCUCCUCCUGCCGCAGCGGGACGUGGGUUCCCAAAAUCCAGAGCCCCCCACUGCCACCCCUCAGCUCACCCCCUCUGCUCCCCGGCAUUCCCAGGGGAUCCCGCUGGGAUCCAGCUCCACAAUAAAGGCACCGACCCAGCCCGA